CUUGAUCCUAAUCCUUUUAUAAUCACUCUUUUCCUAUAUAAACUCCAUCUAAUCACCUCUCAUCUUCUAUAUUCACAUUCUUCCUUCUUACUACGCUAUUAAAAUCAAUUCGCUCUUUUUUCUCUCACAACGAUCCCAAACCAAUGGCCUCCAACGCUUCCCUCCUCCCCGCCACCGGCUCCGGUCUCAUCGUCAGCUUUGGCGAGAUGCUCAUUGACUUCGUUCCAACCGCUUCCGGCGUCUCCCUUGCAGAAGCACCUGGCUUUCUCAAAGCUCCCGGUGGCGCACCCGCUAACGUUGCGAUCGCUGUUUCACGACUCGGUGGUAAAUCAGCCUUCGUCGGAAAACUCGGUGAUGAUGAAUUCGGUCACAUGCUCGCCGGGAUCUUGAAAGAAAACAACGUGAGAGGGGAUGGUAUCAACUUUGACAAAGGCGCUCGUACUGCACUCGCGUUUGUUACUCUACGCGCCGAUGGAGAGCGUGAGUUCAUGUUUUACAGAAAUCCGAGUGCUGACAUGCUUCUUACUCCUGAAGAUCUCAAUCUUGAACUCAUCAGAUCUGCAAAAGUAUUCCAUUAUGGAUCGAUAAGUUUGAUUGUGGAGCCAUGCAGAUCAGCACAUCUGAAGGCAAUGGAAGUUGCCAAGGAUGCUGGGUGCCUUCUCUCUUAUGAUCCAAACCUUAGGUUACCUUUGUGGCCUUCACCAGAGGAAGCCCGUAAGCAAAUUCUGAGUAUAUGGGACAAGGCUGAUCUCAUCAAGGUCAGUGAUGUGGAGCUGGAAUUUUUAACUGGAAGUGAUAAAAUUGAUGAUGCUUCUGCUCUCUCCCUGUGGCACCCCAAUUUGAAGUUACUUCUUGUAACUCUUGGUGAAAAUGGUUCCAGAUAUUAUACCAAGAAUUUCAAAGGAUCAGUAGAUGCUUUCCAUGUCAACACUGUUGAUACAACUGGUGCUGGUGAUUCCUUCGUUGGAGCUCUGUUGGGCAAGAUUGUAGAUGAUCAAUCUAUACUUGAAGAUGAAGCAAGGUUAAGGGAAGUACUUAAGUUUGCAAAUGCAUGUGGAGCAAUUACUACUACCAAAAAGGGAGCAAUUCCAGCUCUUCCAACAGAAGCUGAUGUCCUUAGCCUGAUCAAUAAGGCAUAGAAAUUUAGUGCAAAUAUCGUUUUAGUUUUCUUUUUUAUAUAUUUUUUUUCACCGUUACAUCUUUCCGCCUGAGUUGCUUCUAUCAAUUUAAGUCGGUUUUUUUUUUAUCUCUUUGGUUUUCUUUGUUUAUUUUAUUUCCUUUCUGCGUAUCAACGGUAAUAUCAUAUGAUUUUGGUUUGCCAAACAAUGUUUUCUUCCAAAUUUUGUAACCAGUAGUUGAAUAAAGAUUUGAGUUGAGUCCACAUUGACUCGGCCAA